GAGUGCGCGCGCCUGUUCGGCCCGCACGCGUGCGAACACCUGUACCGGUGCGGGUGCCCCGACGCCCGCAACCCCUGCCGACACGUGCUGCGCGUGGCGGCCAUGGAGUGCGAGGCUCGGCUCCGGCUGGACAGCGAGAGGGGAGGUCACCAGGUUCCGGCCGAAGCGCAAGCCGAGUCCCCCGAAGUGAAAACCGCCGUGGCUUUUGCAUCGCCGAAGCCUGCGGCGCCUUCCACGGACGUUACGGAGGCGGCUGUUGUGCCGGAGGUGCCUUCCCCCGACGCGAAAGGAGUCAUGGCGCCUUCCCCCGACGUGAAGGAAGCCACCGUGCCUGCGGCGCCCUCUCCGGACGUGAAAGAAGUAGCCACCGUGCCUGAGGCGCCUUCCCCCGAGGUGACAGUCGUGGCCGUCAUCCGAGCAGCACCACCCGUCCUUGCUGCGGGUCUGGGGGCGCCACCGACCCGGAAGCGGAAUGCCCUGGCGGCGGCGUUCGGCCAAGGACCGGCCGGGAACACGCGCCGGCAGAGAGCAGCGCAGCGGGCCAAGCUUGCUGCAAGCAACACGGAGGAGGGCUCGUGAGAAAACGGCCUUCAACUUUCAUCGCAACCUGCCAUCCUGAUGCACCAUCAUGCGUGGCGGUCGCAUUGCACUGUUAACACAAGUUUAACGUAUGGGUUACGAUGAGACCUACUCUCGCAUUGUCAUGUUUAAGUUCAACAUGAGACUAAUUAAUGUAUCCCGAUAAUGACGACAUUUGAGAAAAUUUUAGAACACUGCUGUUUGAAUUAGCAGAUCCCAAUUAGUUUUUUUUCCAACAUCAUUGUAAAUUGCAGUUUUUGAGAACGUUCAUACAACGUAUUUGCCAAACCUGUGAACUUAUUUGAUUUUGUUUUUCUUUAGAACAUCACUGUAAGGUUCAGCUUUAAAAAACGUAUUAAAGUUACGUCUUUGUAAGGCCCGUGAACAAUUUAGAGUUAAUUCAUUGUAAUUAUCGUGAAAAAUUGUAAAAUUAUUGUUUAGUUUCCUGAAAUAUAUUUCCGGUUUCAAGUAUCACA